AUGCCCGAGUGCCCGGAGCUGCACCUGGCCGGGCGCUUCAUCAACGGGGCCUGCGGAGCGCUGGUGUUCGCGGGCGGCGUGGAGCGCUCGGCCGUGGGGCGCGGCCCCGAGGUGCCCUUCCGCAGCGAGGCCUACGGCAUCUCGGCCGUCGCCCGGGGCAAGGAGCUGCGGCUGACGCUGAGCGCGCUGGACCCCGCCGCCGGUCCCCCCGCGCAGGACCUGGUGUUCCGCUUCGGCAUGUCGGGCUCGUUCCGGCUGUGCCCCGCCGCCGAGCUGCCCCGCCAUGCCCACCUGCGCUUCCUGACCCGGGAGAGCCCCCCCCGCGCCCUCUGCUUCGUGGAUCCCCGGCGCUUCGGGUCCUGGCGCCUGGGGGACGCCUGGCAGCCGGAGCGCGGGCCGUGCGUGGUGUCCGAGUACCAGGCGUUCAGGGAGAAUGUGCUGAAGAACCUGGAGGACAGGGCUUUUGACAAGCCCAUCUGUGAGGUGCUCUUAAACCAGAAGUAUUUCAAUGGAAUUGGGAAUUACCUGCGUGCUGAGAUCCUGUACAGGUUGAAGAUCCCUCCCUUUGAAAAAGCUCGGACCGUGCUGGAGGCCCUGAAGGAGCAGGAGCAGGAGAGGAGGAAGAAGGAUCCUUCCCUGACGCUGAGCAAGAAGGUGAAGCUGAGGCAGGAGAACCCAGAUCUGCUGGAGCUGUGCCACAGCGUGCCCAUGGAGGUGAUCAUGGCAGAGAAGCAGCUCCUGGACCCCGAGCACCCAGAUAAUUACUCCAACUUUAAGGACUGGCUGCAGUGUUACUUGGUGCCCGGCAUGAGCUCCCUGCGGGACCGCAGUGGCAGGACCAUAUGGUUCCAGGUAGGAGCCUGGGAGCCCCCAAACCACUCCUCCAAGGGGACACUGGAGUGUUUUCUGCUUGCUGAGACUCCCAUUGCUCUGUGUGCCUGGGGGUCUCCCUCUCCAUCCAGCUCCUGGGCAUGGGGGGUGACAAGGACCUCCUUUGUGGUGGACAGCCAGCUAAUGGGUGGUGGGCAAUCUGCAGCAGAUGGAGGGAAGAGGGGGUGUUUGGGUGGUCUGACAGCCCUGUUCUUCCCUCCUGGGCCCUGUGCUUGGGGCCUUGCAGGUACAGGGAAUGAUGGCAGAGUCCCCAAGGCAAAGGGCAGGCAGAGCAAGCCCAACUCUCCUGUUUUCCCAGGGAAAUGUGGCUGUUUCCCUGUCACUGUAGUGGCUGGAGGAUGGAGAAGGGUCAGGGAUUCUGCUGCUGCUGCCUGCAGAAUGACUGCACCCCAGCCAAUGCUCUGUGCCUUCCUUACAGGGAGAGCCUGGCCCCAUGGCUCCCAAAGGGCAGAGACCCCGCAAGGCGCCCCGCAAGAAGAGCCCGGAGCUGAAGGCAGAGCCCGAGGCACCGAGCCCCAAGGUCACCCCCCGUGCCCCGAAGCAGCGCCGCAGGGCUGCAGCGAAACCCCCAAAGGAAGUGAAGGAAGAGCAGGAGGAGAAGGAAGAGAAGGAAGUGAAGGAAGAGCGGGAGGAGCAGGCUGGCAGGCCAAGGAAGGGCUGUGCCCGUGGCAGGAGGACAGUGAGUGCUGCCCCAGCCUCGCCUGAGGUGCCUCAGAGCGUCAGGAGAAGCCGCCGCGCAUCCGCUCGCAGGGGCA